UUUUUUUUACUUGACACACUUACGAAUGGUUGACUGGGCGCAGUUGGAGAAGGAGGCAGCCAGCCACGGCCUGCUUUGGAACUUUGCAUACAAGGUUGCUCGGCCCGCAAAGCCGCGCGAUGGGCCUCCGUCGUCGCUCAAGAACCUCCUCGCCGGCAGCUUUGGCGGCAUCUGCCUCGUUGCUGCUGGCCACCCGCUCGACACGAUCAAGGUCCGCCUGCAGACGCAAACGGUCGUUGCCGGGCAGGCGCCAAUGUACACUGGUGGCUUGGACUGCUUCCGCAAGAUUGUCGCGCGCGAGGGCUUCUCGGGCUUGUACCGUGGCAUGCUUGCGCCGCUGCUUGGUGUCACCCCCAUGUACGCCAUCUGCUUUGUCGGUUAUGACAUUGGCCAACGCAUCCAGCGCAAGACGCCCACCGAGCGUCUCUCGCUCCUGCAACUGUUCAACGCUGGCUGCAUCUCGGGUGUCUUCACCACGGCUGUGAUGGUCCCCGGCGAGCGUGUCAAGUGCAUUCUCCAAAUCCAAGGCGCUCAGGUUUCGCAAGGCAUUGCACCCAAGUACUCUGGCCCCAAGGACGUGUUUGUCAAGGUCUACGCCGAGUCGGGCAUUCGUGGCAUUUACAAGGGCACUGUCGCUACUUUGCUUCGUGACGUUCCCGGAUCUGGUGCGUACUUUGGCGCAUACGAGUACCUGAAGCGCACCCUCUCCAAGGACGGCUCUGGCCAAAACCUCCGCAUGCACGAGGCGCUGUUUGCCGGUGGCAUGGCUGGCAUUGCCAACUGGUGCGUCUCCAUCCCUGCCGACGUCCUCAAGUCCCGCCUGCAGACUGCCCCCGACGGCACCUAUCCGAACGGCCUCCGCGACGUCUUCCGCACCCUUGUCCGCAACGAGGGCUACCUUGCGCUGUACAAGGGCAUCGGCCCAGUCAUGCUUCGUGCCUUCCCUGCCAACGCUGCCAUGUUUGGCGGUUAUGAGUUUAUGCUCAACCAGUUGUACGAGUUCUUCCCCAACCUUUAAAAAACGUUGGCCAUUGUGUUUUGUUUUGAAAAAAAAGAAAAAUUAACAAAC